UAAUCUCAAAACCGUCUUCCUUAAGGUGAACACUACCAGUCUCUCAAAGUAAACAAACUACAGAUAAACACUCCACUUAAUACUACAAAUCAAAAUCAAUUAAUCCAACAAACAAAUCACUCCAUUCUCCUUGUCUCCCUCAAAAUUUCAGUGAUGGGUUUUUUCACCAAAUUCUCUCGUUCUAUUCUGAUCCGUAGUGGUAGUAUUUUCAAUGAUAAAGUGUCUAUCUCCAGACCAUCAAUCUCAACAUGGAACAGAUUAUUUCAUCAUCAAACUCAAAGCAAUGAAAUAAUUUCAAAGAAUGAAUCAAAUUCUUAUCAUUUUGGUACUGGACCUUCUUAUAUGCGUGGUACUGUGUUUUGGGGUAAAGCUAAUUCACCACUUACUAUUGAAGAAUUUCAUAUGCCUAGACCUAAAGCUGAUGAAAUUCUUAUCAAAACCAAAGGUUGUGGAGUUUGUCACUCUGAUCUGCAUGUAAUGAAAGGUGAACUUCCAUUUCCAAGUCCUUGUGUUGUGGGUCAUGAAAUUACUGGAGAAGUAGUUGAAUAUGGGGCUAAUACUGAUGCAGGUAUUAUCAAAAGAUUUCCCAUUGGCGCUCGUGUAGUAGGAGCAUUCAUAAUGCCGUGCGGCAAUUGUUCCUUUUGUGUAAAGGGCCAAGAAGAUCUAUGUGAGGCUUUCUUUGCUUUCAAUCGCGCAAAAGGAACACUUUAUGAUGGUGAAACUCGGCUAUUCCUCCGUAGCAACGGAAACCCAGUCUACAUGUACAGUAUGGGAGGGCUUGCAGAAUAUUGUGUUGUGCCUGCACAUGCUUUAGCAGUUCUUCCAAAUACUUUGCCAUAUACAGAGUCUGCCAUCCUGGGAUGUGCAGUAUUCACUGCAUAUGGUGCGAUGAGACAUGCAGCUGACAUGCGUGCUGGAGAUUCUGUUGCUGUGAUCGGCAUUGGUGGUGUAGGGUCAAGUUGCUUGCAGAUAGCACGUGCAUUUGGUGCUUCUGAGAUUAUUGCAGUUGAUGUUCAAGAUGAAAAGCUUCGAAAUGCAAAGUCACUAGGAGCAACUCACACCGUAAAUGCAGCUAAAGAAGAUGCUGUUGACAAGAUCAAGGAAAUUACUGGAGGCAUGGGGGUGGACAUCGCCGUGGAAGCAUUGGGGUUACCACAAACAUUUUUGCAGUGCACACAGAGUGUUCGUGACGGGGGGAAAGCUGUAAUGAUUGGACUUGCACCAACAGGUGUGAUAGGGGAGAUAGAUAUAACUCGUCUUGUUCGUAGACAGGUAAAGAUUAUUGGAUCAUAUGGUGCAAGGGCCAGGCAAGAUCUACCCAAAAUUGUUAAACUUGCUGAGAAAGGUGUAUUCAACCUCAAUGCUGCCAUUUCGAGAAAAUGCAAAUUUGAAGAAGCAAGUAAAGCUUAUGAAGAUCUCAACCGUGGAAGUAUUGUUGGACGAGCUGUGGUUGAGAUUAUGUAAAUCACAAUAUAUUUGUAAGUUUUUCCUUGUUUUCUUCAUUGUAUUAGGGAAAAGAUGCUUAAAAAACCUAUGAUAAAUAACAAGUUAUCUCUGUCAUUUGUCCA